AUGCAGUUUUUUAAUCUUUGCUCCAGAUCUUCGUUCCAAAAACCUGUAACUGAACGUGAUGCUAUUUCACGUAAAAAGUAUUUUUUUUUGCUGUUCUUUUUGCGGAAGUUCAUCGGCCUCAGUCUUCAUCCAGUCUACGGAGGUCAUUUUGCAUUCCGCUCUGUUCUCAUCUUUCCAAAUGUUCGAAUUCCUGAAUUCUGUGAAAGUGUUCCUCGUCCUAUCCUCACUGAACCAGAAGAUGUUCGAGCUGCGUUGGAAAAGUUCAAUUAUAAUUGGAAAGAUUCUGGUUUUAGGGAUUUUGGAAAUCCUUCUCGUCGAUAUUCAACUACACAGAUGGAAUUUUUCGGACGGCCAGUUGCUGAGAGAUGGGAAGUAUUGCGACCAUGGAUUGAUGGUGGAGCGAAGAAUAUUGAUUAA